CCGGUUCAAACGAACGAGUCGCUAGCGAAUCGGACAUCACCAGAGGAGGGCAGAGAGAGAAAAAUCACAGCCACCACCACAACAUGACUCCUACAUCACAGUCCAAACACCCUGGUUAAAAAAAUAACAACCUUCAAUAUUUCGGACCGAAUCUGAGGUGUGGUCUCGGCCUCUGUGUGUGAACGGCUCGUGUUUUAUCUUUGUUUUUUAAACCGUCAGGGAGUGGAUCUGUCUCAGACGCCAUCUUUAACAGCAGCAGUUGCCCGGGAGGGUGAAUAGCUGCUGGGCCACCGUUAACCAGUACCGGGCCGGCACCGGACACUCAUGCUUGACAGCGAUCGGGACUGAUUUGGGCUCGAUCGGUGCGUUUCUGUCUUCCGGGUUCGCUGUUGUUGUGUUUGGAGGAGUUUUCCUGAGCUGGCUGCUCAUCCUGGCCUGUUGGGAGGGUGUUGGUCCGCAUGAGGCCACUGUCUUGCAGAUGAGCCAUCAUUGGGGGCUGUCGCGUCGCAGACCCAGAUAGUGACUGGAGGCUGCGGCCCAGGCCCGCCCCCUCCCAGCAUGCCCAACGCUGUUCGUGCGGGGAGCCUGAAGGACCCCGAGAUCGCCGAGCUCUUCUUUAAAGAGGACCCCGAAAAAUUAUUUUCAGACCUGAGGGAAAUCGGCCAUGGCAGUUUCGGCGCGGUGUACUUCGCAUGGGACGUUAGGACCUCGGAGGUUGUGGCCAUUAAGAAAAUGUCAUAUAGUGGGAAACAAUCCAAUGAGAAAUGGCAAGAUAUAAUAAAAGAGGUCAAAUUCCUUCAGAGGAUAACCCAUCCAAACAGCAUCGAAUAUAAAGGAUGUUACCUGCGAGAACACACAGCAUGGCUGGUUAUGGAGUAUUGUCUGGGUUCUGCCUCAGAUCUUCUGGAGGUACACAAGAAACCCUUGCAAGAGAUUGAGAUAGCGGCGAUUACUCAUGGUGCUUUGCAGGGGCUGGCAUACCUUCACUCCCACAACAUGAUUCACAGGGAUAUUAAGGCCGGGAACAUCCUGCUUACAGAGCCUGGUCAGGUGAAGCUGGCAGAUUUCGGUUCUGCGUCCAUCGCUUCUCCAGCUAACUCAUUCGUGGGGACUCCUUAUUGGAUGGCCCCAGAGGUGAUUCUGGCAAUGGAUGAAGGUCAAUAUGAUGGAAAGGUCGACAUCUGGUCUCUAGGAAUAACCUGUAUUGAAUUAGCUGAGAGGAAACCUCCACUCUUUAACAUGAAUGCAAUGAGUGCCUUAUACCACAUCGCACAGAAUGAGAGCCCAACGCUCCAGUCCAGUGAAUGGACGGACUACUUCAGAAACUUUGUGGACUCCUGCCUUCAGAAGUUACCCCAGGACAGACCCAACUCUGAAGAACUUCUGAAACAUGCAUUUGUUCAGCGUGAACGGCCGGAGUCGGUGCUUAUUGACCUGAUCCAGCGCACCAAAGAUGCCGUGAGAGAGCUGGACAACCUGCAGUACCGCAAGAUGAAGAAGAUUCUGUUCCAUGAGGCCCACAACGGCCCUGCAGUCGAGGUUCCAGAUGAUGAGGAGGAGGUGGAGCACAGUGUUGGCCGCACCGGCACGGUGAACAGCGUGGGCAGUAACCAGUCAAUCCCUAGUAUGUCUAUCAGUGCCAGCUCACAGAGCAGCUCCUUCAACAGCCUGCCUGACGCCACAGACGCCGCCGAUGACAACAAAAGCGAAGUAGACCUGAUGGAGAAAGACCAAACCAUUAUACCCAACAGUUCCGUGAUCCACGUCAAACGGGAUGAAGAGACCUUUCAGGAAGACGUGGAGACUCCAAGGACGCCAAAUGAGCCCCAGUCGCCCCCAGCGCAAACUCCACGGCGACAGUUCCGAAAUCGAGAGCACUUUGCAACCAUCCGCACAGCAUCCCUGGUCACUCGUCAGAUUCAAGAGCACGAGCAAGACUCCGAGGUACGAGAGCAGAUGUCUGGCUACAAACGUAUGCGCAGGCAGCACCAGAAACACCUUUUGGCCUUGGAGAACAAGCUGAAGGGGGAGAUGGAUGAGCACAGACUCAAAUUAGACAAGGAACUGGAGAACCAGAGGAACAGUUUUGCCGCAGAGAUGGACAAACUCAUCAAGAAGCACCAAGCCACAAUGGAAAAAGAUGCCAAGACUUUUGCCAACGAUGAGAAGAAAUUCCUGCAGCACAUUCAGAGCCAGCAGAAAAAGGAGCUCAACAGCUUCGUGGAAUCUCAAAAACGGGAGUACAAACUGCGCAAGGAACAGCUCAAGGAGGAACUGAAUGAGAACCAGUCCACACCAAAGAAAGAGAAACAGGAAUGGCUGUCCAAGCAGAAGGAGAACUUCCAGCACUUCCAGGCGGAGGAGGAAGCCAACCUUCUCCGUCGACAGAGACAGUAUCUGGAGCUUGAGUGCCGCAGGUUCAAGCGGCGGAUUCUCAUUGCACGCCACAACGUCGAGCAAGAUCUUAUGAGAGAGGAGUUAAACAAGCGUCAAACGCAGAAAGAUCUGGAGCACGCCAUGCUCCUCCGACACCACGAGUCAAUGCAGGAGCUGGAGUUCAGACAUCUGAGCAACAUCCAGAAGAUGCGUGCCGAGCAGAUACGCCUGCAGCACCAGACCGAGCUCACCAACCAGCUGGAAUACAACAAGCGCAGAGAGAGAGAGCUCAGACGCAAACACGUCAUGGAGGUCCGACAGCAGCCCAAGAGCCUUAAGUCCAAAGAGCUUCAGAUCAAAAAACAGUUCCAGGAUGCGUGUAAGACCCAAACCCGGCAGUACAAAGCCCUGAGAAACCACCUGCUGGAGAGCACACCAAAACCAGAACACAAGACCAUGCUGAAGAGACUCAAGGAUGAACAGACGAGGAAACUAGCCAUCCUCGCCGAGCAGUACGACCACACCAUCAACAACAUGCUCUCCACACAGGCUUUGCGUCUGGAUGAAGCACAGGAAGCCGAGUGUCAGGUGCUAAGGAUGCAGCUGCAGCAAGAGUUGGAGCUGUUGAAUGCGUAUCAGAGUAAGAUCAAGAUGCAGACGGACGCCCAGCAGGAGCGAGAGAGGAAGGAGCUGGAGCAGAGAGUGUCUCUUAGGAGAGCCCUGCUGGAGACCAAGAUUGAAGAAGAGAUGUUGACCCUGCAGAACGAGCGCACCGAGCGGAUCCGUAGCCUUCUGGAGCGGCAGGCCCGAGAGAUCGAGGCGUUUGACUCGGAGAGCAUGCGCCUGGGCUUCAGCAACAUGGUGUUGGCUAACAUCUCUCCUGAAGGCCUCAGCCACAGCUUCCCCGGGGCCCCGGGCAGCUGGAUCCCCCAUCAGCACCACCCGGAUAGUUCUCAGGGGACGCAGUGGGGUAGCAGCAUAAGUUCGGGGACCAGCCACCACUAUCACUCCAGUCAGGGAGGACCACAGGCCCAGCAGGGCUGGGGCCAAGCCAUCCCCGGAGGUGGGCUUCCACCGUGGGGCCACUCUCCGUCGGGGCCCUCAGGGGCCAUGCCAAAAAGCAGCGUGGGGAUGCGGAACAGCCCCCAGGCGAUCCGGAGGACCACCUCGGCGGGUCGCACCGAACCGGGCAUGAGUAGGAGCACCAGCAUCACAUCUCAGAUAUCCAACGGUUCACACCUGUCCUACACAUAGACACCAGUGCGUUUGUGCCGACCCUGAACACACAAAAACACACACGCAGGGUGGGGAAACGCACUGGCCCAGACUAAAGACAGGCACAGAGAGCAGAACUAAAUGCACUCUUUCUACCCCACCUCUUUCUUUCCUCUUUUUCAUUUUAUCCUCCCACAUGCAGAUGCACAUGUAAAUGUAGUAAAUAUUGCUCAGGUCAAGAGGUAUUCCAACUCUGCACGAAAUGGAUUUGACAGGCGUGCAGAGUUGGAGUCACCAACACUAGUCUGAUGAUUUAAAGCUUACUUGAGUGCUAAUGAUAUAUAAAGGGUAUAUAAAAUAGAUGUUUAUUGAUUAAGCUUUAGUCCACUUAAUGUGUGGAGUUACAAACCCAAAGCGUGUCUAAAGGAGAUGUUGGCCAUAAUUCUCAACAAUAAAUGAAAUCCGGUUUCGUCAGCUCUUUAGCUAUAAGCCUGCUGUCAUGCAACAAUUUGGAGGUUAAAGAAAAUAGAGAGAUCAAUGACUUGUAUGCGCAGUAUAUGUAAUGUCUGUAUUAGGAAGAGUGCCGCCACCUGGCUGUGAUUCGAGUGUUUAAGUUGUCAGAAGUUUCAAUUGCAAGAUUUAGUUCGCCUAUAUUAGGACAGCGUGUGUUUUUUUGUUUUUAAAUACUUGACCAUAUAGACUUUCUUUUAGACGUCAGUUUAAGAUUAUAGGGGUCAUGUUGUUGCACAAGAAGUGUGUUGUUUUUUUAGUGCUUGUAAGCACAAAUCUGUUCAUAUCUCUUGCGUGCUUGCUUUUUUUUGUUUGUACUUGAAUCAGGUUGUGAGUCUCCCUUUAGUCAUCUAGCGUUUUUAUUUUAUUAUUCGUGUCAGCUGGAUUGUGUGUUAAGGUGAUACAGAAGCAGUAUAUUUAAGAUGCAGUUGAGAAGAUUAAAUAAGUAUAUAUUGUCCUUUUGGUCCUUUUGUUUUGCAUACAGCGAGCUAAAGGAUAUGUUCAGUGCCUUGAAUUUAUUAAUGAUUUCAUGCCAAGAUGUAAAUGUCCCAAAUUGAUUUUUACUCUAAUCUUAUACCCCAAGUAGUAAACGGACACAUAAAUAUCCAAUGUUGUGACAGAAUGUAAGUACAUGCUUGUGCGAGUUUGUGAAUAUGAUUGGGAUUUUCCCAUACUGUAAUCCCAUUUUGCUCAUUUUAAACUUUCAAGGUGCCUUUUAAUAGCUGCCAAGCAGAAGCACUUUAUGUGUGUUGUGGUAUAUUGUUUAGGAUUAUCAUUAAUACAGGCGUAAAUUGUAUUGCGUGUGGACCUUGUUGUUGAGGGUUCGCUGUUUUAAAAUAUAUGCGGUCACUUUAAGGAAGUGGUAGGUGGGGAACGUGUUGGAUUUGUCAGUGGGUUUUGGACAGUAUCUUUAAGAAGAAAUCAAUUACCUGUUUGAAUGUACUUUGUCCUCCAUCAGGUUGUGUCUUGUUUGACACUCUAUGAUUGUAAUGAAUUGUGCAUGAUUGACUUCCUGAAGGUCAUGACAGCAGGCUUAUGUGAAACAUAACAGGCAAAGCGCUUUCAUAGCAAUAAAAAAUCUUGAUCUGGUAUCAUACCAUUGACACUAAAUAGCAAAUGAGUGUGUUGACCAUCCGACACGAAUACACUACCACCGUGUUGUCUCAUUUUACACACAGGUGUCACCUCAUGACAAUAUGACAAUAAUAGUAUUAAGGUCAUAAAACAAAAGAACAACACAAGAAGACACUGACCAAAUAAAAUGCUAACUAUAAUAUAUUUUAGCUUUUACCCUUUGCUUACUUUUCACAACUCUAUAAAGUGGAUAUAUAUUUAAAAAAAAAAAAACAAUAGCUGCCCCAAAGAUAGCCAAAAAAGGCAAUUAUUUUUUUCCCAUGUUUUAUGGCUGGAUGCAACCACAAUGACCAAGCACAUGAGUAGGAUUUUCUCUUUAACUGGCAGGGAACCCUUUUAUCUUUUCAUCCCUGCUGCCGUUCUGUCCUCUGUGCCGCCUGUUCGGCAGGUGUCAGUGCCCGGUGUUGUGAGGAUAUGAGCUGUGCUGCCGAUGCCCCUGCCCACACCGUUACCCAAUGCUUUAUCUGCCUCUUUGCCAUCACACCACGCCAAGCUCAGCCUGGAUCCAGCAUUACAGAAUGGAUGGAUGCCCGAAUGCACUUUUUUGGGAUUUUCGUUUAGUCAAGCUAACUUUUCUUCCAAGUGAGUUUGUGUAGUUGGUUUGCGUGGCAUCGCUAUGACUGCACGAGUCACUUUGACUACAAAAACCAUUGACUCGAGCUUGUAAAGGUUUUAUGUUUUGACACUUAUGAUGGAGUAUAAUGUUACCCCCUAUCCCUUGUGCAAUCAUUUGUGAACACAAAAUGCUGCCUCUCAGUCCCCAAGGCAGGACCCAUCUUUCUCCCUUCCCUUACGUAUCCCCCCAAAAAAUUACAGUGUGGAUUCAGCUCUAAUUUGAAAAUCGUCUGGGGGAGAGUGUUUAUAUUGUAUAUUUGACUAAAAUAAAGAUUUUAAAAGACAAAUGUUAGCAGAUUUGAUGGUGGCACCCCAUCAAGAGUGUCUGCACAUAUAAAAAAAAAAUAUUUAGAAAUGUAAACUAUUUACCGUGAGCUUUUAUGAGGUUUUUGGCCUGUGUACGAGGAGACUCACUCAGAUUUGAACUUCAGGGAGUAGUGUGUGUUUACAUGUCACCUCUACACACUUUGUUUUCCAUUUUCGUGAGAAAAUGUGUCUGUUUCUGCAUAUGCCGUGGUCCCCUGUGUUCUUCAUUUUGAACCUUUCAUUUGUGUGAGCCAGCAGGUGCAGCGUCCACGUAUAUAUCCUACCGUGGCUUCAAUUUAUAAAACACGAAUGUGCAGAAUAGAACUGUAAAAAAGUCAAAUAUUUUAAUUUUUCCAUUUGUUUUACAUUUUGCAAUCAAGGUAAGCCUUUUGUUUUAACCAACAAAUGUUUUGUUCGAUUGUUUUGUUUAUUUUGAAUACCAUUUGGGUGAGGGCUGUUUGCAUUUGGUUGGCAUUACUUUGUCAUGUUUAUUUGUCAUACCUGCCACCGAUAUAGAUUCAACAUUUUAUUUUUGAGUUUUAUCCUAGUUUUUCAAAGACUUGUUCUACUGACUGAAAUUAGGGGAUGUGUUAGUGAUAUAUGAGAAAUACUAGAAUGACUUUUAGUCUAAAUAAUGGAGGUUAAACCUCUGGUCAAACACUGUGCCAUUCCACAGCUGCCAAGCCCGAUCACUACUGCAUUGUGUCCUCUCAAGAGAAACCUAUUGACAGGCUAUGAAAGAGUGAUGGUUACCAGUGCACCUGAACAUUUUUAUCGCCAACACUACAAUGAAAUGAGGAGUGUGAGAGAGAGGGGCUGGACUGAGGGGAAGGGCUACAUUUCUGUAUAAAACAUCAGUAUUCAUUUGCUGUGUUUAAAAUGGCAUGCUAAUAUACUGCAUACUAUUAAAUAGAGUAUGGGUAGUAUGCUAGUAUGCUAUUUUAAAUGCUCCCAUUGUUUUCUGGCUCAGCAUCACCACUAUAACUCAUAUGUAACCUGUAACAAAAUGUAUAGAUUGUGUAUCAUGUUAUUGAAUGUCUAAAAAGAUUAUAAAAAAGUUUAAAAAUACAGAAUAAAUUGUUUGAAAUUGUAUUAAAGUAUUCAUGAAUAAGAGAAAACAAAGUCUAGGGAUAAAUGCUAUUUUUCUUCUGUAAUUACUAUUGUGUUGAUGGAGGAACACUGGUCAGAGGAUCCGCUGUAAUAAAGUACAUUUCGUACAA